GACCACGCGCUUAGUUUUACACGACCAAACAAUGAGCAUCCGUGAGACUGAUGCUGCGUAUCCUCUGUUACGAUGAAGCCAAUGCAAUACUAAAUUUGGCGCCACACUGACGCAUUCAACUCCUGACACCAUUGCGCCAUCAGCAAGCUCCGGUAAGAGACAAGACGCGCUCCAGUGCCAACGGUGAUUACAACGUAUAUAUAUGUACCUGAUUACUAUAUAUACAUGCAAAGCCAGAGCUAGAGGCACAACACACGAUCGACCUGCAUCCAUCUAGCAGCAAGCAAGGAGAGCUAGCUAUUGGAUUAUCUCGAUCGCAAGGUUUGCUGCUUGCUCAGUAAUGGCUUUCAAGCAGAUGCUCGUCGCCGUGGUCGCUGCGGCCGCCCUCGCCGUGUCGUUCUUCCCAGGGCUCGCCGUCGCCACGGAGCACAUGGUCGGCGAUGACAGGGGCUGGACCCUCAAUUUCAACUACACGGCCUGGGCCGAGACAAAGCAGUUCGUCGUCGGCGACACGCUAGUGUUCAUGUACAACAUCGCCGCCCACAAUGUGGUGGAGGUGGGCGGGCCGGACUUCCUCUCGUGCACCAAGCCGGCCAACGCCGUCGUCUGGACCUCCGGCGAGGACCGCGUCACGCUCGACAAGGCCGGACGCAGGUGGUUCUUCUGCGCCGUCGGCCAGCACUGCCAGAACGGCAUGAAGCUCAAGAUCACCGUCCUCGAGACCGGUGCACCAACUCCCCAGCCGGCCCCGUUCGCAUAAUAAAAGCUGGGGUACCCAAAUUGUCAACACAUGAGGGGCCCGUUCAAA